UGACGUGAACAGAACUUAUACUAUCAGCCUUUUUGCUUAAUAUUUUUAAGACGUUAAGGUUUUGUUUUCCAGGUAGAAUCUGGGAACAAACAAAGGAACAUGUGAAAACUGCUUACUGGAGACAAAUCAUUUUCCAUGCAUGAGAUCAACCAAGAAAAAAAAAAGAAAAACGUCAAGGCCUUCCUUUUUAUUUGAAAAGUGGAGAGAAGUUCACCGUGUGCAAACAUAAAUAACUGAGUGGAACAACAUUUGGUGCGUAUCUUCAGGUCGGUGUGGGAACCAGAGCAGCCGGUAGCACACCUCUAUCAUCCUGAGCAAGGCCGCAAUGGCACACCUUACCUCAUAAAAGCCAGUGUUUUUCACAGCCAGGCUCACACUGGUGGUCAGGAUGAAGGUACUGCUCGCAUUCUUUGCGUUGUUUGCGGCCGCUCUGGGCAGGGAGACAUUUGAGGGGCAUCAGGUGAUUCGAAUUGUCCCAAAAAAUGAAGUUCAUCUGUCUCUUAUCAAGAGUCUGGAGGACAUGAUUGAGUUUGAGAUGGACAUCUGGAGAGGGGUUACUGUUGUUUCAUCCCCUGUUGAUAUAAGAGUUCCUUCCCAUACACAGAAGCAUGUCAAAAGGUAUCUGGACAGCAUGGACCUUGAGUACUCCAUCAUGAUUGAAGACCUACAGGCCCUGUUGGAUAAGGAGCAGGAGGAGAUGGACUCUGGUGCUCGUUUUGCCGAGCCAAGAAGCACCGACAGCUAUGACUACUCCACAUAUCACAGCAUCAGUGAUAUCUAUAACUUCCAGGAUAUGCUUGUUGCUGAGAAUCCCAACUUGGUGAGCAAGAUAGUCAUCGGUCACAGCUACCAGGGCCGUCCUCUGAACGUUCUCAAGUUCAGCACUGGGGGAACCAAUCGUCCAGCCAUCUGGAUUGAUACUGGAAUCCACUCCAGAGAAUGGGUUACUCAGGCCAGUGGAACCUGGUUUGCCAAGAAGAUUGUGAGUGAUUAUGGACGUGACCCUGCUCUCACUGCCAUCCUGGACAAGAUGGACAUCUUCCUGGAGAUUGUGACCAAUCCUGAUGGAUAUUACUUCAGCCACACUUCAAAUCGUAUGUGGCGUAAGACAAGGAAGCCCAACCCUGGUUCUAGUUGCAUUGGAGUAGAUCCAAACAGGAACUGGGAUUCUGGUUUUGGAGCACCUGGUGCCAGCAACAAUCCUUGCUCUGAGACCUACCGUGGACCCAGUCCUCAUUCCGAAUCUGAGGUUAAGUCAAUUGUGGACUUUGUGAAAUCCCAUGGUAACAUCAAGGCGUUUAUUUCCAUCCACGCAUACUCUCAGAUGCUCCUGUACCCCUUUGGCUACACGAUGACACCUGCUAAGGACAAGGCUGAGCUGCACAAACUGGCACAGAAGGCCAUCACUGACCUGGCCUCCCUGUAUGGUACUCGCUACAGAUAUGGCAGCAUCAUUGAAACCAUCUACCAAGCCAGCGGUAGCACCGUUGACUGGACCUACGAGCAGGGCAUCAAGUACUCUUACACCUUCGAGCUCAGGGAUACAGGUCGUUAUGGCUUCCUCUUGCCAGCCAAACAAAUCAUCCCAACUGCUCAGGAGACCUGGUUGGCUCUGAUGGCCAUCAUGGAUCACACCUCAAAGAACCCAUAUUAAGUGUGUGAAGAAGGAGCAUGGAUUUUUUGACCUCAUUAGGACCAUAAAACUUGGAAUAAAUGAACAUAUUAAAGAAAUUAAGGUUAUAGUUUUUCAUAAGUUUCACAAACUAUACACACUGCAACAUUUAAUCUGGCAGUGCUGCUGCUUUUCCCAAGCAGAAUAAUAAAUAAAUAAAGUAUGGAUGUGGAUGUCACAGUAAACUAGUCUUUUUUGGCAGAAAUCCUGAUCAAUAUGCGACACAGCAAACUUAUUGAUAUAUGCUGUCCAGGGUCACAACAAUAUGAGAAAUGUUCUAGCAGCCAUUGAUGAAAGGAAGGAUACUCUCCCUUAAAAUGAACAGGUCUUUCUUUUAUUUAACUUAUUCAUUGACUUUUCAUUUCAAAUGCAAAUACACAGCCACUGUGUAAAUUUAAGCAUUGCAAAGUAAAAAUAGAGUCAAGUCAAAAUUCAAAGACUACAAGAAAACAAAAAAACAAAAAAUGAAAUAAAAGUGAUGAAUAAAAACAAAUAAAGAAUAAAGUGAAUAAAAAGUUAAGUAAUAAGGUGCAAAUUCCUGACCAAGCCUGACCCAUUUUUAAUAAACAUAUUGAUUUAUGCUGUCCAUGGUACGACGGUAUGAAACAUGUUUUAGCUGCCAUGGAUGAGAGGAAGUAUAGUCUUCCUUAACAUGAAUAGUUUUUUUUUGUAUUUAACUUCUUUACUGACUUUUCAUUGCAAAUACAAAUACACAGCCAGUGUGUAAAUAUAAGCAUUGCAAAUUGAAAAUGUAAGUCAAACAGUAGGAGAAAACUUUACAAAAUAAACAAAGAAAAAAAAAAGUUAAAUAAUGAGGUGCACAUUCUUGACAGCUUUGUCACAGAACAAUGUUGUAUGACAUGUAUAUUUCCUCAGUUUACAUGGAUAUAAGGUAUAUAGGGGUACAUAUACUAAUCCUUAAAACCAAUUAAGAAGCUAAUACCUUCAAAAGGAGAUCUAAAUGGUUUUAAAUCCUAUAAAUAUGUUUUUCAAGAAAGGCCUUCUUGGAUAGUUUAUUGCUCCAUUCUUUACAACGGAUCUUUUCUUUUGACUUCCGGUGUCUCUAAUUUCACCCAUGUGUGUAUUUGUGUGGAAAGGCCACAUUUGUUUGGAAAAAUACCAAGAAUAAAUAAAGCCUGUCCCUCCCUGA